AUGUCGUCCGCUCCUCAUUCCGCCACUCAGGACUCGGCUCCCCAGCAGCUCGCCAAGGAUGCUCCUAUCGAGGAGCACGCCGCCACCAGCAGCGGCUCGCACCACGAUGCCGCUGACGACAAGAUCGCCUACUCGGCGUCCGAUCGCGACAUCGAGAGCACCGGCCGCCCUCCUGUCGAGGCCAUCGAGCCUCACCCUCAGGGUGAGCCUGGCCGUGCCGGCAAGCUGUGGCACUCGAUCCGCACCCACAAGGCCACCCGCAUCGUUCUGGAUGUUUUCCUCAUCUGCCUGAUCCUCGGAUGGUGGUUGCCCGGUAUCAUCCGCCCGGAGACCCGCCACCGAUGGGUCAUCACCACCAUCUGGUCGUGGUUCUUCAUCCUCCUCAUCCUCUUCCACAACGACCGGUACAUCCCCAAGGCUCCGUUUGCAAAGGCCAUCGGCGCCGCGUGGACCACCUGCGCCGCCAAGCCCUUCAACAUGCUCCCUCACUACGGCAAGAUUGGUCUCGGCUGGGUCGCUCUGCUCGCCCUCUACUUCGGUAGCGCUUUCGGUAUCAAGGAGGUUCCCCAAUCGCGAUACGCCGACCGUGCGCGUUCGCUCUUCGGUCUCUUCCUCAUCAACUGCUUCUUCUACGCCAUUUCGACGCGCCGCGCUUCCAUCAAGCUCCAGCCCGUCAUGACCGGUCUUGGUCUGCAGAUGAUCAUCGGCCUUCUCGUCUUCAAGACCGGCGCCUUCUACAGUGUCGCCCAGUGGCUUGCCUUCGCCGCCGCCGACUUGCUCGCUCAAGGUCAGCUCGGUGGUGCUGCCUUCUUCUGGGGUAACCUCGCUGGUCAGCACUACUUUUUCAUCGACACGCUUUCGUCCAUCAUCUUCUUUGUGGCGCUCGUCGUGCUCCUCUCGUACCUCGGCAUCAUGUCCUGGGCCAUUCGCAAGUUUGCCUGGUUCUUCUUCAAGCUCAUGGGCAUCUCGGGUGCUGAGGCUGUCGUCGCUGCCGCUUCGCCUUUCAUCGGUCAGGGUGAGAACGCCGUGCUGGUGCAGAGCUUCCUCGACCUCAUGACCAACGCCGAGCUCUUCCAGGUGCUCACCUCGGGUUUCGCUACCAUCGCUGGUUCCGUCUUCCUCGCCUACGUCCAGAUGGGUGUCUCUCCUACCCACCUCAUCACCGCCGCUGUCAUGUCCAUCCCCGCUUCCAUCGCAGCUGCCAAGAUGGUCGUGCCCGAGACCGAGACGCCCGUCACUGCCGGUUCGAUCAACAUCCAGAUCAACGAAAAGUCGGACGCUGUCGACCCUCUGCACGCCUUCUCCAACGGUGCCUGGCUCGGUGUGCGCGUUGCUGCCCUCAUCUUCUGCAACGUGCUCUGCAUUGUUUCGCUCUUGUACGCCGUCAACGGUGUCCUGACCUACAUCGGCAACUUCUGGACCAUCAACAACCUCACCCUCACCCUCAUCCUUGGCUACAUCCUCUACCCCUUCGUCUGGUGCAUGGGUGUUCCCAGGGCCGAGCUGCUGCGCGUGGCCCAGCUGCUUGCCACCAAGAUUGUCGCCAACGAGUUUGUCGCCUACUCGGAGCUCGCCAAGAUCAAGGCCAGCGCCGACCCUCUUUCGGCCCGAUCGGUUCUCAUCUCCAACUUCAUGCUUGCCGGUUUCGGUAACAUUGGCUCGCUGGGUAUCAACAUUGGUGUGCUCUCGGGUCUUGCGCCCAGCCGUGGUGGUGCGAUCGCGCGUCUUGCUCCGCUCUCGCUGGCGACCGGUAUCCUGGUCACCUGCUCUUCGGCUUGCAUUGCCGGUAUCCUCGGUACCAAGUAA